UUUUCCUCCACAUUCCACAACCCUCAGACUGGCGACGUUGGCUUUGUACCUUCACCUGCAACAACCACGCUACGGGAACUACCUCUAGUCUCCUUUUUCUCUGUCAUCUCCAAGACCUGAUUUGACUUCCUCCAGUCCCGGUCCCUUGUUUCCACGAGAACCACCACCGCACAUACCUCAGAUAUCUCGCUCUCCCCUUGCCUAUUCCUAUUCCUACACUCCUAGGAACCUUCUUUGCAAUCUCCAACAGCUCAAAGGAUACUUCAACAGCUCGCACCCACCUCGCCAACUGCCAGGUACCAAUCCCACAUUGGCUUGACGAUCAACAAGUCUUUGGCUGCUGCGACAACCUCGAACUCACCUGAUCUGGUCCAGCUUGACCAUCAUUCUGUAAGUCAUGCCAGUCUCUUGCGCCCAUAUUACCACAGACAUCGCCAGUCACUGCGCCUGCAGCUGCCGGCAGCCUGCAUACCAUUGCGUUCUGCAGCUUGUGACUGUCCUUCUUCCUCAAUAUGGACCGUCAUCUCAAACAUACUCGUUCCCUCUCGAGGCUAAUCAGACGUGUAGCUAGCUUCAGAAAGCCAGACAUCAACGACAAGGAGAACUGCUCCCCCGAAUCAGCUCUUCUUCCUCCUCCUCCUCCUACUACUCCAACCCCUCCACCACCCAAACCGGUCCCUCCUAUACCCCGCCAGCAAGCCUCCAUUCCGAUGGCUGAAGAAGAAGACUUUAGCUCCCUUCCCCUCCAGGAUAGGUUUACCCACAAGGUUUGGAAAGUCAGAAAGCAGGCCUAUGAAGACGCCGCAAAAGCCUUCGCUGCUACUGCCGACGAGUACGACAAUGCCUUCAGACCCUUCCUCUCCGACUCGGGCCUCUGGAAAGGCGCCGUCGCCGAUUCCAACGUUGCUGCCCAACAAGAUGGUCUGGCGGCGUACUGCGCGUUUCUUAAAUUCGGAGGAAAAGAACACUGCACAAGGACGCGCGGAACUACGAUAGGGCCUAUCUGCGAAAAGGGUUUGCCGUCAACGCGUGCCGCUGCCAAGGAGUCAUCUCUCGAAGCCCUUCUAUUACUCGUCGAACUCGAUGUUGCCGCCCCAGUCAUCGAAGAGAUUAUCCCCGCGCUUGCCAACAAGCAACCCAAGGUUGUCGCCGCGGCUAUUACCGCUCUGACCGCGAUCUACCACAACUUCGGAUGCAAGACCGUCGACCCCAAGCCCGUUCUGAAGGUCCUCCCCAAGGCAUUUGGUCAUGCCGACAAGAAUGUCCGUGCUGCCGCGACGAACCUUGCUGUCGAAUUCUACCGAUGGCUGCGCGAAGCCAUGAAGCCCAUGUUUUGGGGUGAUUUGAAACCCACUCAGCAGACCGACCUCGAGGCGCAAUUCGAAAAGAUCAAGGCCGAGCCAGCUCCGAAGCAAGAACGAUUCUUGCGCUCACAACAAGCCGCCAUGGCACGUGCGCCCCCGCCCGGAGCCGACGACGAGUACGAUGAUGGUGGAGACUAUGGCGAGGAACCUGCCGAGAUGGACGCCUUCGACCUGGCGGAACCCCAGGAUGUCUUUGGCAAGAUCCCCGCCAACUUUAACGAAGCCUUGGCCUCGUCCAAAUGGAAGGAGAGAAAGGAAGCAGUGGAAGGUCUCUACGCGGCAAUCAACGUGCCAAGAAUCAAGGAUGGCGACUUCAACGAGAUCAACCGAGGGCUGGCAAAGUGCAUGAAGGACGCCAACGUUGCUGUUGUGACUCAAGCCGCGCAGUGUAUCGAGGUCUUGGCCAAGGGAUUGCGUCAAGGCUACGCGAAACACCGCACUACUGUGAUGCAACCCAUCAUGGAACGCUUGAAGGAGAAGAAGGCAACGGUGGCGGAUGCUCUCGGCGCCGCGCUUGACCAAGUCUUCCUGGCGACAAGUCUGACUGACUGUCUCGAAGACAUCAACACCUACCUCGUCCACAAGAACCCCCAGAUCAAGGAGGGCACUAUGAAGUUCUUGAUUCGUUGCCUGAGAACAACACGCGAUGUGCCGAGCAAGCCCGAGAUCGCGUCCAUCGUCGAGGCAGGCAAGAAACUGUUGACCGAGUCCAGCGAGGGCCUCCGUUCAGGCGGUGCUGAGAUUUUGGGCACUGUUAUGAAGAUCAUUGGCGAGCGCGGUAUGGGUCCGCACAUGGAAGGCCUAGAUGAUAUCCGCAAGACGAAAAUCAAAGAAUUCUUCGAAACGGCUGAAGUCAAGGCAAAGGAGAAGCCGAAGGCACCCCCGCCAGCUGCCAAGGCACCGCCCCCGAAGAAGGUCGUCGGAGGGAAGAAGCCCCUGGGCAUGAAGAGACCGGCUAUGCCGGCGGCAAGCGCUCCGCCGCCCGCAGACCCGGAACCCCUCUCCCCACAAGCUUCAUCUCGUCCCAAACCCGCAGGCACCAAGAUGGGCAUGCCGAAGCCGUCGGGCUUGGCCGGCCUCAAAUCCAAGCGCCCUCUCGGUGCACCAGCGGCGGCCGGAUCCCCUCGACGCCCUGCUGCGGCACCAAUUAUGCCCGACGAUGAUGAGCCUGCCCCUCCCCCGCCUCAGCCUCGCAUUGGCCUCGGCAGAGGUGGUCUUGCAGGACGAUCUCUUGCGAAACCUGCUACCGCUCCUGUUCAGAUGCCUCCUGCAUCGCCGCCGCCUUCCAGCGGACUCACGGCAAUGGAGCGGGCUGAGCUCGAAGAACUCAGAUCGGCAAACGAGCGCCUGACACGCCAAGUGGAGGAAAUGAGGCAUGAAAGGAGCAAGUACAUGUCUGAGAUUCAAGAGUUGAAGAACCAAAAUGCGGGUUUGAUUGAAGACCAUACCCGUGAUGUCCUCAGCAUCAAGGCCAAGGAGACGCAGCUGGUUCGUGCAAGAAGUGAUGCAGAGGCCACGGAGUCGACGAACGAUCGCCUCAGACGGGAGCUGGAUCGCCUUAAGAGAGCGCUCAACCACGCCGAGGCCCUGAACUCAAGGACAGGCAUGGGCAGCCCAGGUCUUGCUUCGCCUACGCACGACGACGCCGGUAUCUACCGCGACGCGUCCUACGGUUCAUCUUCUGCUCGACACAACCGUGUUAGUUAUGCCAGCAACAUGUCCGAGGAGAAGGAGAACGGAGACCAUCACUACCCUCGCUCGAAGGCACUCAGUCCCGAACUUAGGUAUACGGGCAGUGCAUCUUCCGGACGCGGCAGCCCUGCUAGAGGCUACAGGAGCUCUGCGGCCACCCCCGUUGAUGAUAUACCGGCACCAUCAUACUCGUCUGGCGGCGGCGGUGGAGGCGGUGGCAUGAACUCGAACAACAACGGUGUGGAAAGCUGGAAGCGUGCAGCUGAAGUGACUAGCCAACUGAAAGCCAGGAUUGAACAAAUGAAGGCGAAACAAGGAUUUGCCCGUCCUUGAGCUCGACCGCCGAACCACCCGGUGCCAGAUGGCCCGCUGGAUACUGACGUGAACAUGAAGAGGGGUUUUGUUUGGGGUCUGUAAUGGUCACGGUUCAAAGGGGGGGAAUCCUGCGUGUUCUUGGUUGCAUAUCACUGGCGUCGGAAGCAUACCCCAUACCUCAUCUCCGGCCUGCAGUUGGGACAGGCAAUUUUCGUCUGUAUGAGUUAUGCAUUUUCACCUCUAUUGUCGGCUCGCUUGUAUAACCUCGAGG